AAAUGUCAUACUAUUAUAUUUUACGAAUUUUUACGUUAUCAACGACCCGCGUUGAGUAUUUUACGAGCGCUCGUGUGUUUUGUGUCGGUUUUUGUGACGUAAACGUAGUGAUGUCGGCGCUGGGGGCUCAUAACCUCUGCGCGGCGCGCGUUCGCUGCAUCACGUAACGACGGGAGUGCCCUGAUGGUGAGAAGAACCGCGAUGGUGCUGAGUACCGAGUGGGCGCAGGUUGAAGUCGUCGAGCUGACUAAUGAUGGCAACGGCCUGGGGUUUAAUCUGGUAGGCGGGCGCAGCACCGGGGUUGUCAUCAAGUACGUGCUCCCGGGCGGCGUAGCGGACAAGGACGGGCGCCUGCAGAGCGGGGACCACGUCCUGCAGGUGGGCUCCGUCAACCUCCGUGGCUUCACGUCGGAGCAGGUGGCGGCAGUGCUCCGCCAGGCCGGGCCCGCCGUGCGCCUGCUAGUCGCGCGCCCCGCCGACCCCGCCGCGGCCCUGCGAGCGCCGCUGCCCGGCACGGCGCUUGUACCCACGAAGAUCCUCGGCGACCCGGAGCUACUCGAUCGUCACCUCAUCGAGACUGGCUAUGGUGCUGUGUAUGACCUGUCUCAGUGCUUCACUGACUACAUCAAUGCCCAGAAUGGCAUAACUGAGCCCAGCUUAGUGGCAGCAGCUGUCAGUGUUAUUGGUGAUAAUCCUCAGCAGAUACCUGACCAUCCCAUCAUAUCUGACACCAUCUCACCCACCAUCACAAUCACUGUGCCUGUGGAGAUCCCCAACCAGCCAGAGAUUGAGAUAGUACAUGUGGAUUUGAAUAAGAACGUGUAUGGACUGGGUAUAACAGUAGCUGGUUAUGUGUGUGAGAAGGAGGAACUAUCCGGUAUAUUUGUGAAGAGUAUUAUUGAAGGCAGCAGUGCUGAACAAAGUGGUAAAAUUAGAAUUAAUGAUAGAAUAAUAGAAGUUGAUGGAACCUCUUUAGCAGAUAAGACUAACCCACAGGCAGUAGAGAUUUUAAGAAACACAGGCAUAUCUGUGCACUUAGUGUUAGAGAGAUAUCUGAGAGGUCCCAAGUUUGAGCACCUCCAGCUAGCUAUAUUUAAUGAGGAGCGUCCUACGUCCCCGUCACCGUCUGCAACUACCUUAUCCUGGUUCCCAGUGCCUUCCCAAGCUGAAAAUAGUACUGUAGAAAUUGAACCUGAGCCUGAGUCUAACACUACUAUAGACUCUAAUGUUCUGGAAAUUGUUGAUACACAAGAACUGACACAAGAGCCUACACAGGAGGAGUUAGACAAAAGAUUUGAUGAGCUAUUGGCUGUUGAUAAAGAAGAAAUUAAGAAAAAGUGGGAAGGAGAAGUAGGGCCUGACAAAGAAAUAUUAGUUUGUGAAGUGAGCAAGCUUGAAGGCUUGGGCAUCAGUCUUGAAGGAACUGUUGACGUAGAGGGAGGUCAGGAAGUGAGGCCUCAUCAUUACAUCAGGUCUGUGCUCCCUGAGGGUCCUGUAGGCCAGGAAGGCAGUCUUUCAGCUGGAGACGAACUCCUUGAGGCAAAUGAGUAUAGGCUGCAUGGAUUAACUCACACGGAAGUAGUGAAUAUUUUGAAGAAGCUUCCAAAUAGAGUGAGAUUAGUGUGUGCACGAAGUAGCAUAGACAGUGGUCCCCGUCCACUUAUUAACUUGGCUUCAGACAGAGAAGGGUUUGAAGCAAGGAAGAUUAUAUCUGGCAGCUUGAACAACUUGACCACUCUAGUCAAAGCCCAGUCUGACACUUCCAUCAACACCUCGAGCACAGCUACACUUACUAAUCACUCCGGACAUUCAAAGAAAUCAAGGUCUUUGGAGUGUGUAUCAGGCUUAGCCAUGUGGCAGAGCAAGGAAGAUAUUGUGGAGCUUUUCAAGGGUGACCAAGGAUUGGGUUUCUCAAUUUUAGACUAUCAAGACCCCAUAGAUCCUCAGGGCACAGUUAUAGUUGUCCGUAGUUUAGUGCCUGGUGGAGUAGCAGAGAAACAUGGUGAUAUUUCACCAGGUGAUAGAGUUAUGUCUGUAAAUGGAGUCAGUAUUAAAAAUGCUACCUUAGACCAAGCUGUUCAAGCUUUGAAGGGUGCUCCAAGAGGAAUUGUGAGGGUUGGAGUAGCAAGGCCACUGCCCCCGCAAGAUACCAAGUCUAAAAGUACCACAACACUGAACACAAAGCCGAGUUAAUCUUCAAAUGUGUUUUAAAACCGUACUAGUCACGUUGAGUCAUAUCUGUAUGCUUUAGGGUCUACAUAUCGGAGAGUGUGUUGGCUGGGAAGAAUCUGACAUAUUGUGUAGCUCUCUAUCUCAUUUUUAUCGAAUUUAAAUAGCUUUAGAAGCUUUUAGAUGUUGAUUUUAAUCAGAUAUGCAUCGUUUUAACAAAUACUUUAUAUUGAGUUGGUGAAGGUAUCUCAGGAUAUAUGUCAGAAUCUCUCCAAGGGUUGUUUGGUAGACAUGAUCACAAGAGUGCACGACAGAGCUCAAACUCGUAUGAUACAAUAAUAAUUAACGCUUUACUAGAUAAAUAGUAUUAUGUAAGACACACACAUGUCAUUUUAAAUGCACAUUUUAAUAGUUAUAUAUGUGCUAUUGAAUGUUUUGAAUUCUUGUAUCUAGAUGUUUUUUGUCACGAAAACGGAUGAGCCAUACUUGUGUGGGCAACCAUGCAUGUUGUCUUUGUAUCUGUAAGCUCGGGAACGCUCAGUAGUGCAUAUU